CGUGUCCAGCGUGCUGCCCAGCAAACUUUUUAUAGUCAUGGAAAGUUUUGCGCAACGCACCAAGUCACCUUAAUUGUCUCGACCAUUUUUAUGGUCUUACCACUCUUUUACCCUGCCUUUGAAACAUAUUAUCUCAAUGCUGGCAAAGCAUACGGUCAGUCCUACUUCUGGGAAUCUCCUUCUUCCCGCUCGCCCCUAAGUGAAGAAUCAUUUAUUGAAAAAUGCGGAACUCGACCUUCUCUACGCGUCGCAGAGAUAGUAAUAAAUGCAACUGGAACACAUCAUAAACAUAGGAUUGGUCAAGGAGAAGGCGUGUUGGACAAAAGUCUCUUGCUUUGGACUUGGCAUUUACAAGAUCGAAUUGCCAAAACCGAGAUUCAUUAUCCUACAAGUACCGCACCAUUGAAUCCUCUCUCUAAUACUCCUUUGUCAAUAAACCCCACAUAUAAAUAUACUCUAUCAGAUUUUUGUUUUAAACCAUUUCCCAAUAAACCUUGUUUGAUUCAUUCGCCUCUGGAAUUUUGGGAAAAUAGUCUCGAACGCCUAAAGUCUGAUAGUGCAAUAAUAAAUACCUUGUCGAAACCCAAUCCGAAAUCUUCAUUUAAUAUUCCCAUUCCUAUUGAGACUGUAUUUGGAAAUCCCGUAUAUUCACAAAAUGGUAGAAUAAUUGGCGCGGAUUCAAUUAGAUUGACGUACUUUUUAGAAGAUAUGGGUGAUUGUGCAGAAGGAGUAACAACUGAAAUUUGGGAACUUUUGUGGCAAAAAGUAAUGAAAGAUGAUAUAUCCCAUGUUGCUGGCACCAAUUUUAAUGAGGUGAAGACCGCAACUAUUGGUGAAUUAAAACAUUUAUACUUUGAUUUCAAAAAAAAUCAUUUCGAAACUAGCGCUGAAUACAUUCUAUUAGCACUUGGGUAUCUGGUUGGAUUUCUGUACAUUUCUUUUUCGCUUGGCAGAUUAAAUUUAGUCAAGUCAAAAUUUGGUCUUGGAUUCUCCGCGGUUGCACAAGUAAUUGCAUCUCUGGUAAUAUCGCUCAGCAUUUGUUCUCUUUUUGGCGUAAAAUUGACGUUAAUACCUUUUUGGGAAAUUUUACCAUUCAUGAUGAUGAUUAUUGGGGUGGAAAAUUAUUUUGUGUUGACAAAUGCGGUAACUUCUACAUCAAUGGAAUUGGCGGUUAAAGAACGCGUCGCGAUUGGACUUGGAAAAGUGGGCUAUGCUAUAACGAAAUAUCUCGGAUGGGAGCUUCUGAUACUCUUGAUUUGUUCCGCAACCAGUAUUGAUUCUGUGCAAGAAUUUUGCGUGUUCACCCUUGUUGCGGUUAUAGUAGAUUACAUUCUUCAGAUGACAUUCUUUAUUACGACCUUAUCGAUUGAUAUUCGUAGAUUAGAGUUAUCUGAUUUAUAUAGAAGACCCAUGUUAACAAAUAUUAAUAGUAAAGGUAAGGUUGCUAAACCUGAUGUCGUAUGGAAUUCCGUAACACCGGGCAGGGUUGCCAGUUUUUUGGCGAUUCUUAUAGCUAUGAUCGGUAUUCGAGGCUUUUAUCCAUCUGCGCCUCAUUUGCAAAAUUCGAAACUUAUUACGAAUCUCGGUCCUGAUACAGUAAACUUAGUCAACAAUACUUUUUGGGAAGCUGACACUGCAGUAACUGCCGAUGCUUUUUGGGACAUUGUUAAUCCCACAAGGGUACCUCGUUAUCUGGAAAUUCAAGCUCCAAAGAUUGUCACGCUAAUGAGGGAUCUACCAUCUAAUGAUGGUGGAUCAACGCCAGUAAACAAAGUUAAACGUUCGCCCUUCAGUUUUACCAGUUUGAAACGUUAUAUUGCGAUCACUAUUAAAACAGUGGUUUGGUUUAUCAAAUUUAUAUUUGCUCCUGCUGUGGCCAUUGGAUUAGGAAUUGCAUUUUUAUUGCAUUUUCUUAUGUCACCCGACCGUAAAAAGUCAAGAUUGAAGCAGAUCGAGAUGAUGAAUUCCAUAAUAUGGUUACCUAAAAAAUCUGUUGAUUCUUCGGAGAAGAGUGGUUGCUAUCUUCCAAGGGUACUUACCUUACUUGGUCGUCACACUGCUGAUGUUGAUCUGUUGUGUGCCAAUUCAAAUGGAAUGAUCAUUUCUACAGCCAUAGAUAAACAUAUAACUUCAUGGGAUGGGCGGGAAGGUGUUCCUUUAAAGAAAUUGGAAAGAUACAUGCGUCGUUGCGCGUCAUGCAAAUGCGGGAUAACAGGCGGGAAGAAAAGUUGUAUAUCUUGGCCAGUUAGAGCAAUGUGUAUGAGUGAAAAAAUUGAGCUUGCUGCGGCAGGAUUUGAAGAUGGUGUUGUUCGCGUAUGGGAUAUUAAAACGGGACAGGCUUCUCAUAUAUUAAAAGACACAGUUGAUGACGUAGAAUCAGUAAUGUCAGCAGUGAUUGGGAAUUCUCCAAGCGCGCGAGUCACCUGUUUGAAGUUAGUUGUUCCUUCAAUGCCAAAAUCGAAGAUGUCCUCAAAAUUAAGGUCUCAACCCGCGAUGCUUAUUUCUGCUUAUCGUGAUGGAUAUAUUCGAGAAUGGGAUUUAAUUUCAGGCAAAAUUGUGCAUACAAUUGCCACGAAUCAAAAGGCCGGUAUCAGUUGUUUAUGCGUAGUCGAUGAUGAAGAUCAGGAUUACAUGAAAAAAGAUUUACGUAUGUAUUCUGGUGCAAAAGAUGGCUCAGUUCGAUGCUGGGUACGCAAAAUUGUUGAUAAUGACAAAGAAAGUUUUAAGAAAGAUCACAUGAAUGAGACAGAAGAAAAGGAAAAACCAAAAAGCCGAUGGAAGCCAGUGUAUACGAUUGUUGGACAGGUCGGUAAUGUCAUUACUAAUAUCGCUUAUAAAGUAAUAAAGACCAAAAAGAAUUGGUAUGGGAUAGUUGUUACGGGGGCUGCGGAUGGAGAAGUACGAGUGUACGAUUAUUUGACUGGCAGUUAUAUCACUUCACUAAGUCAUGAAGCUAUUACGAACAUUAUAAUCCAUCCAUUAGAACAACAAAGUUGUCCAUGCGGUAGUGUCGAGACAGGCGGUGGAUUUUGGGUAGUCACGAGUUCACUUGAUGAGAAAGUACACUUUUGGCAAUUGGUUCGGAAUGUGAUGGAUUGUAGCUGCAUGGCUUUACAUAUGACCAUGACACUAGCGGAAAAAGGUCAUGGCAAUAAUAUGGUUUCAAAAGGACUAUCAACUUUUGAUAGUCGAAUAAUUGAGUUACAUUAUGAUCCGCCGCAUCAAUAUCAUACGAUCAAUGAACAUUCUAAUAGAGAUGUGUUUGAAAGGGAUGAAUUAGUUUCUUAUCGAAUAAAAUUCAUUGGUCGAGUUAGUCAAUCAGGUGCUUCAGCGAUAGUAUUUUUGAGAGAAAAUAUUGUAGGUGUACGGCAGGUAAGAAAAGCAUCGACUUCAUCCUCAAAAAUAUCAAAUUCACAAAGAAACAGAAAUAAUGGCACUGAAGAUGAAUGGGAAGCUUGGUUAUUUAAUCUGAAUGACCCAAAAGCUUACGACAGUGUUCAUGAUAACAAAGAUGAUGAUCUUGAUAAUGACCAUCUAUUUGAUCUUGACGAGGCGGUAAAGGAGCUAUCGGUGCGAACAAUACCUUUAAAGUAUGAAGAUGAGUUAAACGAAGAAAACGAUUUAAUCUUACAAGAACAAUUAAGAAAUAAAAAUAUUCGGAGAUCAAAAUAUCUAGCUCAACGACAGAUGGAUAGUCACAAUUGGAACGUUAAAUUAGCACCAACAUUAACACCACCAUCAUCAUCACCAGCCCCACCAACACCCACCAUCCCUUUAUCACAUUUUCACGAACACAAUGAUCACGAUCAUUCAAAUGAUGAAGAUCAUCAUCACCACGAAGAAGACGAGGAGCAUAGUCAAGUCGUUGGCCAAGUCAUUGAUUACCGACAACGGAAUUUAAAACGACCAACACCACAAAUAACGCGACGAUAA